CCCUUCAGUUGACUGCACGUCGCCGCCUAUAAAUAGCACCACAGAAACUGUCCCUCCAAAGGCAUAUGCAAGCAAGCCAGAGCUAACUCUACUUACCAUGGGCUUUUCUAGUGAAGCUCAGAAGCUUCGUUUUGAUAGAGAAUUAUAUGAAGCUAUAGAGAAAGGAGACGAAGUGAAGGUGAUUGAACUCUGCAGAAAAGUUCCAGAAGGCCCACUCUAUCCAGUGACUAUACACAAAGACACCGUCAUACACAUGGCCACCUAUUCCAAGCAAGAAGGCUUAGUCGCAAGUUUACUCAAGGAGUUGCCGGAAACUCACUGGGGCCGCCAAAUGGCGACACAAAACGAUAUCGGAAACACCAUGCUCCACGAGGCAGCCACCACCAACAAAGCAAUCUCCGCUGCUGAGGAAAUGCUCCGCCUUGCCCCGGAGUUGCUGGAGACGCGCAACCAGCGUGGAGAGACCGCUAUCUUCCGCGCAGCCCGAUAUGGGAAGAUGAACAUAUUCCAGUUUCUUGAGGGCAAAGUGAAUAAACUCUUUGAGCGUGAGAUCAGUGAAGAAGAAGAGGAAGAAGAACUUCAGGAGGAGAGGCGUAAAGCCUUUUAUGUAAGGGAUGAUAAAACCACCAUUCUUCAAAUAUGCAUUCUCAGUGAGCAAUUCGAAUUAGCUUGGUAUAUUGCAAGAGGGUAUGAAUAUUUAAUCUGCAACAAAGACGACAAUGGCAUGACAGCUCUACAACUUCUUGCAUAUAAUCCAUCAGCAUUCGAAUAUGGAAGUAAACUGAGAUUCCUGGAGCGGAUCUUUAGUUCUUGCUUCUCAGAUGAAGUACCUGCUGCAACAAGUGAAGGUAAAUCGUGUUUUAGAGUUCCCCUGUGGGAAUCAAUAAAGGGACAAAGGCAGAGAUAUAAAUCAGCAGUGGAACUUGCCAAUUUAUUGAUUGAAAAAGAUACUUCUUGGAAGAAUACUGAAUCUGCAAUAGACCAGAGCAAGCCAAGGACUCAUAAAUUUAGAUCCGCCUCCCUUCCUCUCCAAGAACAGGGGGUAGCUCAGGGACAAACAGUCCCAACAACUCAAAUUAGCAAUCCAGAUGUAGCUGAAACCCCGUUAUUUCUGGCAGCCAAAUCAGGGAUUUUGGAGAUCGUUAAACAAAUACUAAAAAGGUUUCCACAAGCAAUAGAGCAUAUUGAUGAUGAAGGUAGAAAUAUAUUGCAUGUAGCCAUCAAGUAUCGCCAAAUGGAUGUCUUUGAUUUCGUUGAAGAAAUGGAAUUUCCAAUGAAGAGGCUUGUAAGGAAAAUUGAGAACCAAGGGAACUCUAUCCUCCACAUGGUUGGUAUCAAGGGAGAACAUGCUCAGAUGAAUCAAGAUAUGCGAAGUCCAGCCAUCACAUUGCGGGAAGACUUGCUAUUGUUUGAGCGUGUGAAGAAGACUUGCGCAACCCAUUUAACCAAGCACUUGAACAAUGAAGAGUACACUGCUGAACAACUAUUUGCUAAAACAAAUGCUGGCCUUUCUAAAGACGCCAAAGAAUGGCUCAAGCGCACUGCUGAAAAUUGUUCCAUUGUGGCAGUGCUAAUUGCUACUGUUGCCUUUGCUGCAGCCUACACAGUACCAGGAGGUCCAAACCAGAACACUGGCUACCCGCUUCUCCUUAACCAAUCAUUCUUUGCCAUGUUUACCAUAACAGACGUUCUUUCCCUUACUUUUGCUUUGACAUCAGUUAUCACAUUUCUUUCUAUUCUCACGUCACCCUUUCAACUAAAUGAUUUCAAGCGGUCUCUUCCUGACAAACUCAUGUUAGGAGUGACGUUGUUGAUACUUUCCGUGUCAAUGAUGAUGCUAUCAUUUGCAGCAACAGUGAUCUUGCUGAUACAGAAUAAGCAACAGUGGACAAGAAUUGCCUUAUACGCUGUAGCAUCCCUUCCAGUCUCUAUCUUUGCACUUUCAUACAUACCUCUAUACUUUGAACUCAUGAAGAGUUUCCUCUACACAAUCAAGAAAAUAGGAGAUGUGUUUCCUCGAUUUAAUUGGGGUUACAAAGAUCCUGUGGAGUCUCAAGCCAGUACUUCCACCCGAGGUUCUACAACUCAAACCACUUUUUCUACUGUUUGAAAGAAUAAAUUUACUCACUUUAGUACCUAUUUUGUAAUCAGCUCUUCAAUUAUCAAGAAGUGAGAUUUAUUAGUGCUUGCUAUGCUUACCAAAUUUUCUUUCAGCGUUAC